CAAAUAGUUACGCUAAGCGUUCCAAUUUGACCACCAGGGGUGCUCAAAGCUGCCCUCUCCCAAGAUUCGCGCGCCUAAGUCAUCGGCCAAAAUCCCGCUGAUAUUCCCUCGCCGUGCGUCUCGUCUCCUUCGUUUCCAACCACGACGUCGACGACAACGGCACAUCGACGACAACAUCGUCGCUCAUUUUGUCUAUUUACUUUUGUCGUCCAUUGGAGUGCCAACCACGCGGCUUUCUGCCAACCGUUACAUUCGUCUGUCAUCCAGGGCGCCUCACUCUCCUUGCCCCGCUUUCGCUCACUAGUGCUUGUGUUCUUACAGCAUACUGUCGUUCCCACUCCUCGUCCUUCUUGCCGUAUCAAUCGUGUUCAGUGAAAAGUUUAGCACUAAGGUUCAUCUGCUGACUUGAGCGACUUUUUCCUCGGUACGCUGCGUCCCCGGCUUCGUUUCCAACCUCCCUUAUUCGAUCAUCCUACCUUCGUCUUCGUUCUCCCCUCUGCCAGGACCUUUUUCUAUGCCUGUUAGGUGUUCUUCUCCUCUACGGUCGUACUGACUCCUUCGCUGUAUCACCGACAGCGGCUCCGGAGUUGACUCGGCAUCCCAGCACCUUUCUGGUACGAGUGAGUUCCUCCGGUCCUCCUUCCAAGUAAUCACAAUAUCAAUUGACAUGGUCAUUGUCCCGUUUCUUUUCGAUAAACUCAUCAGCGUGGCUGAUUUCUAUAGGUCGACACUAGUGCCAUCGCGUCUACGCGCUCCACAUCCGAGCUGUAUGAACAGAAGCACGCAUGGCUGCUGUUGCUGUGACGUCCAAGUUGAACAUCUCUAUAUCCAGCCCCUUUCACAUGGCAGCUCACCAGGGCAAAGAUGUACCACCCAAUCGAGCGGCCGCAGCUUCUUCAUCUCGGCUUCAGCCGUCCAGUUCUCAGCUUUCGACACCCGCACCGCCGGAGACCCAGCCCAAAACAUUCAAACGCUUUCGCACCUCUUUACAACAGAGUAUACGCACAGCGACAAAGUCUAAAGCUGCCAACGCAGAUGGUAGUGCGGAGGAACAUGGGGUUGUCAUCAAUGGUGGUCAGGGUAAGGGUAAAGAGAGAGCUUCCGAGGACCAGAUUUUGACGAAGGAAAAGUCCAAGUCAUCAAAGAUGCUAUCUAAGGUUUCAUUCCGGCGGACAGCUGGGCGAGAGUCCGUGUCUCCAUCACCUGUUCCUCCACCACCUCUCACAGUCGAAGACGACCGCACCAGAAAGGUAGAGAGAGAUAGAGACAAGCAAAAAGUCCGUCAGGCUGGCUUCACUAGUUUCGAAACACCAUCGUUGCGGCAGGCAUCCAUGUCUUCGCCAGCACUUCAUCUCUCUUCACAGGCCUUCCCUUCACCCUAUUCACAGCCAUUUGCCCUACCGGCCGCGUCGUCAUCCAAUGUGUCGGCCCUUGUAUCACCAACGAGAGAUCGUAGUAAAAAGUUGAAUGGGCAGCCAAGCAGUCCCAAGGAUAUCAGUGGUCCUCUUCCUCUCACGCCGAAACGAGACUCCCGUAGUAAUGGCAAGCUCAAGGGUUUACAGAUAUCUGUACCUUUACCUCAGUCCGGUCGUAAUUCGGAAUCCACUAAUGAAGUUCCUACAUCACCUGAGACUCCUCGUCGAGCACGGGAAGCGAGUCGUUCUCCAGACCUUUCACCACCGUCGCCCACUCCUCCUUCUAAGAGCGGUAGUUCGGUGUAUAAGCGUGCUACGGCUAGUACCAGCCACUUGCCUCUGGGAAGUCCUCCUGGCUCACCUACUACGCGCGCUGUUAGCCCCAUUCGUGCAAGAUCAUCUUCACGCACGCCAGGAUCUUCACGGCCAGGUCCUUCGGCGUCAUCUUCACAUUUACCGCUAACUCCUCCUGCUUCACCUUCACCAACUCCAUUUGCUCGACGUCCUUCUGUUGAUAAUGCGAGGAGACCUUCUAUUGAUGUAGCACGAAGACCUUCUUUUGACACAGCGCGUCGACCAUCAAUUGAAGCCAGACGACCUUCUCUGGAUACAGCGCGCCGACCAUCGAUUGAAGCUAGAAGACCCUCUCUGGAUACCCAAAGACAAUCACCUAUACCAUCUCGCGCCGCUUCGCCGACUACGCCUAUACGCACUAGAGCAGUCUCACCCACUCAGCGGAACUACUCUCCUAAUCUGGCGCAACCCCGGUUUUACAACAUUAAUGCCUCCACUACCUCCCUUUCAGCAGGAGCUUCCGCAUAUACCAGUCCUGAACACCGCGAGCUGAUACGCACCGCUUCAAGUAUCAUCAUUCGAGAUAUGUUGAAGCCACCAUCGCAGGUUCGGGAAUCACACAUGGACCAGAAGCAAUACGAAGAGGUUGAGCUGCGUUUACGCGCUUUGGCACGAUUGGAGAGAGUUUGGGGGAAGAGUGGGAUCAACGGAAGCACAACUCAACUCAAUUCCAUGAGCUCAAGCGGGCUGAGUGCCGGUGGUGAAGAUAGAGAACGGCGACACUUCUGCGAAGCACUGAGGGAUGGCUACGUCCUCUGCCAGUUCAUCAACAAAUUGCAUCCAGGUUCGAUUGCUCGAGUGGAUAAACGCGAAGAUGGUUUCGUGCGGACGUCCAAUGUUACCAAGUUCCUCGCUGCUUCGUCCUCUCUCGGUGUACAACCCGAUGAUCUUUUCAAUCGAGACGAUCUUAUUGAAGCCUCUCCCGAUUGCCUGGUGAGGGUUGCUAAGAACAUCAUUGCGCUCUCGCAAUUGUUGGAGUCGCCUGUUCCCGAAAAGUCCAAGUACAUUCAAGGGGGUCAAAGUCCCAGCCCUUAUGGCCAUGGAACAGGAUCUCGAGCUGCAGCUUCGACACCGAAUCUCCAUACAGCCCAGAGGUCAAUGUCACCUACCGGCAUCCCAUCACCAGGUCGAAGACGAAUGAGCCCGCCUAUCUCCACUCUGCCACCCGUUCGCUCUGAUAGUCCCAAUGAGUCCGAAGGUUCAAGUGGGGGCAAUACGGCGAGAGCUGGUGGACCUUCGAACACUGUCAGUGAUGCAGAACGCGACGAGGUACCUCCCAUGGUACCUCAACGGUCGCCGCUCCGUAAUCGCCCAAGUGUGGACCGAACGUCUAUAGCUGACUCAACAAGGGCCAACGUAGGCGAUUCAGUACGGGGCUCUAUUGCUGAAUCAUUUGUGCCUUCGGUCAAUACUCGACAGUCCUUGGCAUCAACCAGUGUGACCGAGACCUCGGCUUUCUCGAGCUUACUAGAUGUUCAGAGGAGUAGUAGCAUGAGCGGCCAACAUAACAAGUUCGGCACGAUUCGGACAUUCACGACAGAGGCAACGUCUCUAGCGCCAUCUGAUACCCCUUCUGUAUUUCGUGCUGAGGCUAGCUCUAUUCCUUCUUCACCGACUGAAGACUUGCCUCGAAAGCGGGUGCUUGAUUCCUCUGGUAAUGUCAGCAAGCCAUUCCGCGACCGACGUCCCAGUGAGACGGCGAUGGUUGAUCUAUCACGAGUUGAAGAGGCAGACGAAAGUGGAGCAAGUGCAAACGGAAAAUUCAGGCAGGCUGAGAAAGAGCGUACGAAACUGUCUAAUAUCCGUUUAGGCAAAGGCAAGUGGCCAGAUGACUUUCUUGAUGCCUUCCAGUCUCCCAAGAAUGCGACCUUCUUGGACGACGACGAUUCACCUGCAUCAUCCACUCAUACCCCAUUGUCGAUUUCACCGCCUCGCAAGCUUGCGAUCGUUGGUGCAAAUAGAGCCAACGAGAGUCUCGACUCGUUGCCACAGUUUCCCAGACGGCCUACUCAUCGAGCAAGGCACAGCGUGGAUACAGCAGGUCUGCGUCCCAGGGAGACUAGUCCAGAUGGUAGUGUUUCACCCACGCCGAGGAUCAUGAUACGGAGGAAUAGCUCAAGGACUGGUGCCCACCGGAAUGGUGUAUAUAUUCCUCGCAAUGCUGACGAACCGCGAUCGUCCGACGAUGAUCUUGUUCCUUUCCCACGCACCGUCUCCGGUGAGCAUGGCACUCCGCCUUCCCAAGGUAUACACUUUCCUGGUCCUGUCCUCGAUCUUGCCAAAUCGGCGCCGUCUGCUGGUGUGCCUGAUCGACCUCGUCAACCUCGAGGGAGGUUCCAAAGCGAGAUAGAUGGGUCAAGUUCUCGACGAAAGCAGCGACCAAACUCAUAUGAUGAGAUGGGAGCCAAGCCUCGACGAACGAGAUUUGAGAGCAUGGUCAAUUUGGGUGGUCCUUCCAGUAACGCCAGCGCGAGUGAUUUAUUGAACCGCGACUCGUACGAGGGUAGUACAGUACGGCAGACCUUGGUUGUUAAGGAGGAUGGGAAGGCACCUACACAAUUCCAACUCGGGAAUUGCAUUGGUCGUGGGCAGUUCGGUGCUGUGUACCGCGCGCUGAAUCUUAAUACAGGACAAAUGGUUGCGGUCAAGCGUAUUCGCCUGGAAGGCCUGAAAGAGGAAGAGAUUGCGCAGCUCAUGAAGGAGGUUGACCUUGUCAAGAGCCUUUCACAUCCCAGCAUUGUGAAGUAUGAGGGCAUGGCCAGGGACGACAACACUCUGAAUAUCAUUCUAGAGUAUGCUGAGAAUGGCUCACUUGGACAAACCCUUAAGGCUUUUGGAAAACUCAACGAACGGCUUGUUGCUGGAUAUGUGGUGAAGAUUCUCGAGGGGUUGCAUUAUCUCCAUCAGAGCGAUGUGGUCCAUUGUGAUCUGAAGGCUGCGAAUAUCCUCACCACGAAGAAUGGCAAUGUUAAAUUGUCCGAUUUCGGUGUCUCACUAAAUCUCCGCGCCAUGGAACGCGAGAUGAAGGACGUAGCUGGCACACCCAAUUGGAUGGCCCCAGAAGUGAUCGAACUGAAGGGUGCUUCCACGAAAUCCGACAUCUGGUCGUUGGCUUGCACUGUGAUAGAGUUAUUAACAGGUCGACCGCCAUAUGGAGAUAUUCCCAAUAGCAUGUCAGUAAUGUUCCGAAUCGUGGAAGAUGACAUGCCCCCUCUGCCCGAAGGGUGCUCCAGGCUUCUGCGAGACUUUCUUAUACAGUGCUUUAACAAGGAUCCUACCAAGCGCCCGGACGCUGAGACACUGUGCGAGCAUGAGUGGUUGAAGCAGAACUGGGCACCUCAUAAGGACUUGCGGCCGCAGGACAGCAUACCAUUUUUGCGCCGCGUGAGCGCUGAUAUGCAGAAAUCAGAGGCAAUACGCUAUCUUGCACAAAUUGAGAUGCCGGACCCCAACAGGUCUACGCCGGAACAUCGCCAGCGUUUGGAUUCCGCGACCCCAAGUUCGCCUCCUCGCCGCCGGCUGUCCAAUGAUCCUGAUUCCAUCUCGCCCAGGGAGCAUUCAUUCGUGAAAACCACUUUCGGAAAGCCUGUGAUCUGUAGAGUCUGCCUUCAUAGUGUCAAGAAGAGUGCUGUAUUGUGCGAACAAUGCAGUCUCAUCGCACAUACUAAGUGUGCGCCCAAUGCACCACCUACUUGUGAUCUUCGUGCCCAACUCCUCCUCUAUGCCCAAUACGCCGAAAACGGUGCCCCUAACAGCCCGUAUUCGAACCCGAUGGAAAUCCUGGCCGCAGCGCAAUCGGCAACCCCAUCGACUCCCAUAUCGGAUGGAGGUUUCUCGUCGAAACCGAGCCUCGAUGUGCCUCCCUCUUCUCCCACACCUUCAUCGAACCCUUCCUCGCCUCAUCCGCCUACUGCGUUCAAGGUCUUCGCAGCAUUCAAACGUUCGCGUUCCUUGCUGAGUACCCACGAGUCGGAUCCAAACCACUCGUCGAGCACUCUAGCUAACUCGAAGGCUGUCAGCCGUAAACGCUCUGUGCUGAAGCGCAAUCCUAUGUCGAAAGAGCGCCCGCCUUCAAUCGCGAGUAAUAGCACUUCACCUCAUUCUGCAAGUAUGCGGAGCGCUAUCACGGCGACUGAUAGCUUAUCGAGCAGGCCUGACACUGUAAGACAAUCCACAGCAUCUGUGGCGGAGACCGAGUGUUCGCUAGCUGAGCGGUCUGAUCUCCGCCUUUCAAAGAUGACCUCGUUUUCAGGUAUCUCGACCGCUGGCACCGAACGAGAUGAUGGUCGUUCCAUUGCCAUUCCAGGGGAUAUGCCUCGAGACCAACGCAAACGUGAUCGAGAGUCCAAGUCAAGCAAUAACAGCUGUCUUGUGCAAUAGUGGUUCGGACGUCCGUCUCCAUCUCCCUGUUCAUUCUUCAUCCUCAUUGAUCAUUGUAUCAUAUACGAUGCCAUUCUCAUGCAGCUUUCCUUUCCUCUCAACGGACAUACCUACAUUUCAUGGCAUAUCCGUUCCAUCCGCAUUCUGUUCUUUCAUUAUUUUUUAUUAGUGUUUCUGGCAUCUCAUAAUACCUCCCACAGACGUGUCUCUCCGCCUUGUUGUUGAAACCCUGCUUGCUUUUGUUAGCUUUCUAUCAUCCUACCCUCACCCCGCUUUGUCUUGCAGUACACGUGAAUCCUCUGCAUCAGUUGCAAUUGUACUCAGUUUUUGGAUUUCCCCAUGCAGCCAGACUGAAAUUUCGUCAAUGUCGCCAUCUGCUGUGUCCAUUCCGUGCGCGCAAGCUCGUCGACUUCAUCAAGCUCCGCCCCUGCUCCACGCGGUCGACAUACUCCAGGCCCUCCGAGUAAACCGCGCGCUCCAUCCUCUUGGAAAUCACUGAGACGUACACGGCGACUCUACAGGUCUCCCGAGCGUAAGGCGGUAUCCAUAAUCAGUGAGAUAGAGUGGUGUUAUCUUCC